UGUCAAAGCCUUGAAAUCUGUGUAGUACAUCUUCAUUGAAGAUACUCAAAUAUUUGACAUUUCUUUUGGUCGAAUCGGGAGUAGUUGACAAAUGGAGGCUAAAAUACAGAGUUCAUGAAAAGUGAUAUAUCGCCCGGCAAUCAUUAACUGUUUUCCCUAAGGAUUUAAAUAAGGGCCGAUUCAUUCGGCAUUCGGCAUUACCAAUUUACACCAAGCAGAUAGCCACUCUUUCCGCAAUGAUGCUGACCGAAUACCAAAUAAAACUAAAUUGAAGUAAAAAUUUAGAGACCUUUUGGGGCGCCACCCGAGACUCGCACGCCACGGACGGGAUGAUGCAACUGAAUAGUGACCAGGGCAAUGGACGGUGGAUGGGAAUCUGAAUCGGAAUCGGAAUAGCAUCUUGUUGCAAUCGGGUAAUGGCCGUGAUUGUGCUCCACAAAUGGCAACAGACUGAUCGCGGCGACACCACAAGGUGCUUGCCCCCAACGGUGGCAAGUCGGCUUUGGCGAUGGCUUUGCAAUUUGCGCUAUAAGCCUGCAUGUUUCCGAGCCAGUGGUAAGUUGCAAGUUGCAAGUGGCAAGUGGCCAGCAUCGAGUAUAAAACGCUGCCAAGCCGCCGAUACCAUUUCACUCUCACUUUGUUAGCGAACACGCGAGUUAGCGAUUUAAAACGCGCGCGCGACUUCCGCGCGACUCCCUGCGACUUGUUUGCUGUUUUAACCGCAACAGUAUAAACUAACAUUCGUUUCCAUUAAACAAAUAACUGCGUGAAAAGUGUUUAUGAAACUUACUUGUUUUUAGUUUCCAAAUUCCCAUUUUUUUGGUUAUUUUUUUUUUGUUCGUUCGCCCCAUGGAGCGAAUUUUAAUUGAGUGACAGACGGAAACCAAAUUAAAACGGAAAAGUGCAUACACACAAGCAAAUAAAUUAAAUAUAUAUUAUUUACCAUAUAUAUACGCCCGACCGUACAUAUACUGGCCUAAAUAAAUAAAAAGGCAGCAACUGGCGCUGGAAUAAUGUCUUCCAUACGGGUUUUGUUCGCCACGCUGGCCUGCCUCUUGAUUGGCCUGGCGAGUGGGGAGGACCUCGAGGCAGUUGCCACAAAGUCGACGGAGAAAGUCGACGCUGCUGUUGCCACAACAAAGUUAACACCGAGUCCUUCGGAGGACUCCAAGAGUAAGACGGAGAAGCGGGACUCUUCGGAUCAGACAGGGGGCAUUUUCAUUGGUCCUACUCCCAAGGACUCUCCCUUCCGGCCGCUUUAUCCUUCCAGCGGUUACUUUGAGGCCGCCACAGCGGAGACACGAACCCCCAUCUUCGGACCAACCACAAUCCGCUACACGGCGGCCGAGGCGGCUCCCCAGACCUACUACGACCGACCGGACAACGGACACUCCGCCCUCCGCUUUGUUGGCCCCAAAUACGCCCAGCAGGGGGCGCCACCAUCGGCACCCUCGCCCACGCAUCGCUUCAGCUUCGCCGUGCCGCCGCAAGUGGCGCUUUAUCAGCGUCCAACGGCCAUUAAGUCAUCGAGUGCGCCGCCCCACCCCCACCCCCUGCAACACACACACGCCCCCCCGCACCCGCCGCAGAUUUUCAAUUACGGGGACGUGGAGCAGGCAGAGCCUGCCACCGCAAGUGGCGCCACUUACGAGCGUGCGGGACCGCAGCUAAGCCACAAGCAGCAGCAGCAGCAGCAGUCGCCCAAGUACCAGCAGCAACAGCGUAUCCAGUACAUAAUCGCCAUCCCACUGUCGUACAUGCGCCAGAUGCAACAGCAGCAGCAGCAACUCUUUUUGGCGCCUCCAACGGCAACAGCAAGCACCACCACAACAACAACUUCGAGUGCAGCACCGCCGCCCUCUCCGUCGGCCCCCGCAGUGCGGCAUCCGGCGGUGCAGCUCCUGGGUCCUCUGGGCCGUCCUUACUACCAAUCGGAUGCGGCAAGUGCUCCGGCACCCCCAGCUGGUCCGCCGCACCAGCAGUAUCUGCAAAUACCCACCAGCAUCCUGCUGGCCGCCGCCCAGCAGUUGCAGCAACACCACCAGCAGCAGCACCUCCAGGCCAUUUACGCGAAGCCCCAGCCCCCGGCCGCCGCCUACCAGCCCACGCAGCUCAUUUUCCAGCCCCUGGCCUCGCAAGUGCAGCACCCACAGCACCAGCAGCAACCGCAGUUGCAGUUGCAACGCAUCUUUCUGCAGCAGCCGCAGACGCAGUCGCCGACUAUCUACGCGGAGCAGCCGGCCACAAGUUCCCUGUAUGCAUAUCCGCUGCAGCAGCAGCAGCAGCGCCUGAAGCAGCCGCAGCAACACAAGUACUCAUCGGCAACACCAACAGCACCGACAACCUCAACCACCAGCUCGACAACGGCAACAGUGGCAGCUACAUCGGCGGCAACAGGAGUCGCCACGGCAACGGGCGCUGCAACAACUGCCGAGGGAGUUGCAUCGGCAUCGGCAACGGCAGCGCGCCACCACCACCUGCCCCUCGUGCACUAUAAUCCCAUUUACGUGCAGGCGCCCGCCGCCAUCGAGCAGCAGAAGCAGCAGCAACAUCAAUUCGCCAUCCUGCCACGCUUCGGCAACAACAAUCCGGGCCGGGAGCCGGUGGCGCCCCUCCAUGUGGUGGCACUCUCCCCCAGCAACCCCGGUCCGCCGAUCCACCACUACCACCAUUACCAGGCCCUGCCGUUGUACCACCACCACCACCCCCUGGCCCAUGGUCGCAACCCCCCCGCCUAUGUAUCCGACGAAGAAGGUCCCAGCAAGUCGACUGGUUCCUCGCAGUACCUGGCCGGACCCACUCCCGCCCCACCAGCCGUAAGUGCACCCGGACCUGUGCCCAUGCCGGUUUCCGUGCCUCUGGCCGUACACGGCUCCGGAAUGACCGCAGCCUCGCCGGCCAUUAUUCCGUAUUUCAGCCAUCCGGGAGCGGUGCAUUAUGGCACCCAUUUGUAUCAUCCGGGAGCCGGCACGGGUCUAACUUCUGCGGGAGGAGCGGGUGUUGCAACAGCAUCAGUAGCAGCAGCAACACAAGCCAGCAGCAACUCAAAGCAGCAGCAACAGUCGCAAACCGCAACAAGUGCAGGACACCUGCCAGGUGGCAGUAACAAUAUUGUGAAAUAUCCCUAAAGCCGUCAGGAGGACAAAGCGCCAAGUUAGUGCUGGUGGCGGCAACAUCAAGGACAAAUGCACUCUAAAAAAAAUUUUUUUUUUUUUUUAAAAAGAUAAAAUAUUUCUUCUAAUAUGAACUAUUUUCCAAGCAAGUUCCAGGCAAGGUUCUAAGAAAGUUUGUGAUUUUUAGGUUUAAAAAAAGAAAAGUUAAUCAUUUAAAAUAUUUUUAAAAAUAUCUAAAUUAAUAGUUUUUGAGAAAAAACAACUUAAAUUUAAACAAUUCUUUAUUCAUUUUCAUUUUAUGAAAACUAAAAAAGUCCUAAGGCCGAACCCAAAAUUUAAUACAAUUUUUAUAAAAGUUUUCCGAAAAUCAUAAAAAUAAUUAUUCAAUUUUUUUUCAAAAUUAAAACUUAAUUAUAAAUAAAGGAUUCUUGGGGAAAAGGCCCCUUUUUUGUCCAGUG